AGAAAAGAGAGCUUGAGCAGCAGCAAUGAGCCCCGAAAAGCAUCAUCAGGACGAGGACGAAGUUGACUGCGUCCUCCUUUCCGCGUCCAAGAUCCUCAGUUCCUCUGAGUGCAUAAAGGAAAGCGGUGGCAGUGAAACAGAAUAUGGCUGCAUAUCAGAAACAGAAAAUCAGGUCCAACCACAAUCAGCAUUAAAAGCCCUUCAGCAUCAACUGGAAUCGUUUCAGGCUCUCCGAAUACAGACUCUGCAGAACGUCAGCAUGGUACAGUCUGAAAUCAGUGAAAUUUUGAACAAAAGUAUUAUUGAAGUAGAAAACCCACAGUUUAGCUCAGAAAGAAAUCUGGUAUUCAACACACACACUGAAAAGCCUAUAGAGAAUCAAGAAGAAAUCCUUUCCAUGGGGAAAAUUCUUCAGUUUGAGGAUUCGAGGACUCUUCAUUCAGUGGAAGAAAAACCCAGCAGCAAUAGCGUAGACGGUCUCUCUCAGGGCAUUCAUGUUUCACCCCCGGCACAUUCCCGGGACAUCUCAACGCUGAGAACCUCGGCAGAUGAUUCUGCUUCCAACAUAAUUAUGAACCCUUCAGAAAAUUCUGACACGUUCAAGAAUUAUAAUAACCUCUAUAGUUUUCUACCUCAUGCACCAAAUGUUGUGUCUCACGCUGACCCAGUAAUUCUGGAAAAUUCCAAAAUUACCACGCCUUUCCUCAAGCACGGAUUUGGUGAAAAUUUAGAUGAUAUUUGCCAUUCUAUCAAACAAAUGAAGGAAGAGCUUCAGCGGUCACAGGACAAGGAGCUGGCACUUACAAAUGAACUUCAAACUUUAAAAAUGGAUACACAUUUUCAAGGUCAUAUGACAUAUGACCUGUCCCCCAUUCACAAGGAAAAUACUAACUUCAUUAAGGAAGAACAUACAGAAAGUAACUUAAAUGAAGAUAUAAAGUCAAAGAGAAUUUUAGAAUUAGAGGCAUUAGUAAACAAAUUACUCCCACUCAGGGGAACAGUGUCAAAAUUGCAUUUGACUUUUUGUAGGAAAUGUAAAAAAUUAUCUAAGAGUGAGAUACACAGGGGAAAGAAGAAUGAGAAAAACAGCAAAGAAAUUCCUAUCGCUGGCAAGAACGCCACAGACUUAAAAUUCCAUUCCAGACUUCCAAAACACACACUGUCAUUCUUUGACCCAACAAAGUAUGAAAUGAAAGACAAAGAGAGGCAAACAUUUGCAGUAAAACAAGGCUCAAUAAUAUUCGAAAAUGAGAAAACAUCCAAAGUCCAUUCUGAGCAGUGUGUGGCAAAAAUUCAGUACUUACAGAAUUACCUAAAAGAAUCUAUGCAGAUACAGAAAAAAGUAACAGAAGUAGAGAAUGAAAAUCUAACCCUUAAGACCAAAAUAAAAUCUCUUGUCUUCACCACACAGUCUCUGAUACAGAAAAUUGAAAUAUAUGAAAAGCAACUUAAGAAUUUGUUUCAUGAAAAGAACACUAUUCAGUCCAAAUUAAUUAAAACAGAAGAAGAUGGCAAAGAAUGUCUUAAAGAACUGAAAAAAAUAAUCAGUAAAUAUAAUGUUCUUCAAGAACAAAAUAAAACUCUAGAGGAAAAAAAUGGCCAACUUUCUCUGGAGAAGCAACAAAUGAUAGACACAUUAGAUCAGCUGAAAAGUAAAGAACACAAAACUCAGAAUGAUAUGGCCAUUGUCAAUAAUGAAAAGAAUCGAAUGAGUAUAGAAAUGGAAGCAAUGAAAACAAAUAUUCUAUUGAUACAAGAUGAAAAGGAAGUGUUAGAGAAGAAAACACACCAGCUUGUAAAGGAAAAAAGCUCGCUUGAAAAUGAACUAAAAGAAAGUCAGCUUGAGAGAAUGCAGCUAAAGGAGAGAGAAAGAUUGGCAAAAACUGAACAAGAGACGCUUCUUCAAAUAAUAGAAACAGUUAAAAAUGAUAAACUUAAUCUUGAAACUACAUUGCAAGAAUCUACUGCUGCUAGACAAAUGAUGGAAAGAGAAAUCGAGAACAUUCAAACCUAUCAAUCGACGGCAGAAGAGAAUUUUUUGAAUGAAAUAAAAAAUGCCAAAUCCGAAGCAAGUAUCUAUAAGAAUAGUUUAUCAGAUAUGAGCAAUGAAUGUGAAAUGUUAUCAAAAAUGGUCGUGGAAAUUAAAGCAGACAAUCAGAUUCUAAAAGAAGAACUAAAAAAACACAGUCAAGAAAACAUAAACUUUGAAAACAGCAUCAGCAGGCUUGCGGAAGACAAAAUACUUUUAGAGAACUAUGUGAGAAGUAUAGAGAAUGAAAGGGACACCUUGGAAUUUGAGAUGCGGAAUCUUCAAAGAGAAUACUUGAAUCUAAGUGAAAAAAUCUGUGGUCAGCGUGGUGACCUCUCCAAAGUGGGUCACAUCCCAAGAAGAGAGAAAUUCCAUUUUAACAGCUAUGACGCUUAUGAAGACACCUCUAGUCCCAGGUAUAGGCCUUUAGCCCCUGAUGUGAAAGGUAUGUACACUCUGGUGGAUUAA